AUGGCUGUUCCGAGACGCCUCAGACAUCCACACCGAGGCAAGAACAAACAAAUGAUCAUACCAAAAAGAUCCUCCAACAUCUUUUACAGAAUGGUUUACGGUAGAUCCAGCUCUGAUGAUGAGGAUAAUGUACCCUUCGCUCAAGUAAAAAUAACAUCAUUUAAGCAACUCCUGCCUACACCAGCUAAAAAUACAGAAAAGACACCAACAGUCAGAAUAAAAGGCCACAAUUACAGAGGAAUACCAGUUAGCAAAGAGCUGUCUAAUAAGAACAAUAUUGUCACGCAUGCCACCAGGACCAAAAGACUGCUAUGA